UUCUUCAGCCUGACGGAGACCCCCGAGGACUACACCAUCAUGCUGGAUGAGGAGGGCUUCAAAGAGCUGCCGCCCUCUGAGUUCAUGCAGGUGGCAGAUUCGACGUGGCUGGUGCUCAGCGUCGUCUCCAAUGGCCGGGCACCCGCCGGCUGCCAGGCCACCGGCGUCACCAAGAUCGCCAGGUCGGUCAUCGCGCCACUGGCUGAGCACCACGUCUCGGUGCUGAUGCUCUCCACCUACCAGACUGACUUCAUCCUGGUGCGGGAGCGAGACCUGCCAGUGGUGAUCCACACACUGGCAGGGGAGUUCGACAUCUACAAGGAGGAAAGUGGUGAGUGCGUCCCCGUCACCUGCGACGAUGCAAGCAAUGGCUUCCUCAAGCCCAAGCCGGCCGCCAGCCCCACGCUGCACCCCGUGCAGAGCCCCCAGACCCGCUUCUGCGUCCUGACUGUGGCCCCCGACACCCUGCCCGCCAUUGCCACCAUGCUCAUCGACGUCCUCUUCUACUCCCACAGCCCCCCGAGGGAGGACGGUGCUGGCAGCCAGGACCUCGACUCCAUCACCUUCUUUGCCUUCUCCCUCAUUGAGGGGUACAUCUCCAUUGUGAUGGAUGCUGAGACCCAGAAGCGGUUCCCCAGUGACCUGCUGCUGACCAGCUCAACAGGGGAGCUGUGGCGGAUGGUGCGGAUCGGCGGGCAGCCCCUGGGCUUUGGUGAGCGUGGCUGCAGUCAUGAGUGCGGCAUCGUGGCGCAGAUUGCUGAGCCACUGGCCACCGCCGACAUAUCGGCGUAUUACAUCAGCACCUUCAACUUUGAUCACGCCUUGGUCCCUGAGGAGGGCAUCACUGAGGUCAUCCAGCUGCUGCAGCAGCGCCAGGAGAGCGGCAGAUAG